CCAGGGGGCAGCGGGACGCCGCCCCGCACCGGCCCGAGCACCUCGCGGCGGGUCCCCGCGCCGCCCGCGGGAGGGGCGCGAAGAUGGCGGACGCGGCCGUCGGCAAAGACAAGUGCGGGGACCAGCGGCUCGUGUCCCUGCCCCUGUCCCGCAUCCGCGUCAUCAUGAAGAGCUCCCCCGAGGUGUCCAGUAUCAACCAGGAGGCGCUGGUGCUCACGGCCAAGGCCACGGAGCUGUUCGUGCAGUACCUGGCCACCUACUCGUACAGACACGGCGGAGGCAAGGAGAAGAAGGCGCUUACCUACAGCGACCUGUCCAGCACCGCCGAGGACUCCGACACCUUCCAGUUUCUGGCAGAUAUAUUACCAAAGAAGAUUUUAGCGAGUAAGUAUCUGAAAAUGCUCAAGGAGAAGAGGGGCUCGGACGAGGAAGAGAAUGCCGACGCCACGGAAUCCUAACCCCAAGGUCAGCUCCAGCCGCCAUCCCGGGGGACCUGCCUUCAGCCCCGCUGGCCACGUGCCCGGAGCAGGGACCUGCACUGCCCCCUGGACCCGGCCCCCUCACGGCUGCCCCAGCUUGCGCCCAAGGCAUGGGCAGUUUGCAUUCUGCCUUCCAGCUUUUAGCGCCAAGUGCCAGCUGUGUACAUCCACACGUGAAUGCAGGUUUUGAAAUCAGUUCUAGUCAAAAACUAAACACGUAGUAAAUAGUUCUUGGAAACUUGUUUAAAAAUGACAGCUUUGGGGCACAGUACGUUAGAUUUGAAUUUUGUAUUUAAAAAAAAAUUUGUACUCCAAUAAAUCACCCAUUUUUAUUAAAAA